AUGCCACCAAAAGGCAGAGUACCAGAAGAAAUAUUAAAUAAAGUUCGAAAUCGUGAAUAUUGGGAGAAAUCUCCUUCCAAGUGGGAAAAUGUAGAGACAUGGGAUCAUUUCUCCAUUGAGAAAAACCCAUCUGCAACAAGACACGCAUCUCAUAAUACUUUGGGUGCUGAAUUACAAAUUUUGAUCCGAGAUCUAAAACCUGGUACAAAAGCAAAUGAAAGGGCAUUAGCGAUCCAGCAUGAUUUAAAGGUCAGUAAUAUUUUUCAUGAUGGUGAAUGUUCUACACCCUAUGCUACUGUGUCUGGUUUAUAUAUCGCUGUAUGUGAACAUUUUGCACUUUCAUGGGAGAUGUACCCUGUGACUACUGGUCGAGAAAAGGGAAAACAUUUCACAGCUCACUUUGAAAAUCCACCUCCUUACAGUGAACAAUCACAUGACAAUGAAGAUGAGGAAGAACCUAAAUCACAAACAUUCCCAGAAUAUGGGAUCGUUGAGGAAUUAACAUUUGAUUUGAGUGUUGCCACAUUACUCCUACCAUAUAGAAGAAUUCUUGAAGAAAUGUGGAAUCAUCAUGUAGAAGAAGAAUCGCAACGAGCCCACCACUUAUCUUCUAUGCUCAAAUGGUCUGUUGUGGAUCAUACUCUGUUCAGGGGAUUCGAAUCCAUUGCCAGCUUACCCAAACCAGCCGUUAAUAUGUCUUUAUUGGAACCUGUUCUUAUGGAAACCCAAAAUAAACUUAUUCACCAUGCAGUUAUAUUUAUACAUAAUUUAAUUACAGAAGAAAUUGUGGAUAAUGUAAACUCAUUCUGGCUUACAAAAUGGUUAACAAAAUUAUGGGGAGCUCAUAUGAAGGAGCACUGCAUCAUUGAUGUAGCAACAGCAUUGACAGCAAUCACUUCUGUUCUUCUCUACUCAUCGACAUCUUGCCGAGGUCCAGGGAGUAAACCAUCAGAAAAUCAUAUAAAAGCUCAAAUGUGGACAAAAAUCUUUUCAGAUACGUUUCUUAUUGGCUCAGAAGAUAUUGAUGUGAAUUGGGAGUAUCACCACCAAAUCUCAGGUAACGGUGGAAAUGGGUCAGCUAGAUCUGAUUUUACUGCUGUUAUCUUUAACAGCAUCAAUCAACAAUUUCCCUUUUUCAUAGUUGAAUUUGAGACUGACGGAUUUGUAGUACAUAAGGAUGCAAUAACUGUGGUAAAUGCAACUCGUCUGCAUAUUGGCCUAGUAAAUGGAACAACUAUAUGUCUAGGUUCAAUGAAAGCAGUCUAUGAUGAAGUAAAAAGAUCUUUAAUCUAUGUAUAUGGGGCUAACAAUGCCACUUUCAAACUUCACACUGGAAAUCAAGAGGCUGAUAUUGCAAGUGCACUGAAGUUAGUGAUAUACUUGAGGACAAAUAUAUGUCAGGACGGGAUGGCACUUAAAAUGCUGCUUAAUAGGAAAACAAAUACAUGUAAUGGAGCAUUGUUGGCAGCUUUGCCUUGUCUUCCUAAGAGAGCUGUCAAGUCACAUUCAUGUACUACAGAAUUCACUCCUAAGGCGAAGAGAGUCAAGUAUAUUGAUAUUUUGCUUGAAUAUUAA